AUGAAACGAAGACCCGCGCAGGCAGCCCAGGGGCAGCCGCAGGGGCGGAAAUCGCCCAGCGCCUGGCCGCUCUACUGCCUGGUGGGCACCGUGGCCAUCGCCUGUUAUGUGAACGGAUUGAAUGGCGAUUUCGUGCACGACGACAUUCCUGCGGUCACGCUUAAUAAGGACGUGCUAGCCAUUAAUCCCCUGAGCCACGUCUUUAAGAACGACUUCUGGGGGACGCCAAUGGCCGAUUUGGCCAGUCACAAGUCCUACAGGCCUCUCACCAUUCUCACGUUCAGGUAA